CAAACGAAAUCCCCAACCUCAAGACACUUCUUGGCCAACGUCGCGGGGGACCGCCAAGAGGAAGAGGAGCCGGGAGAGGAGGAUUGGGACGGUCUAGCGAAGAACGGGCACAGGCGCUGGACAAUGCCGUCAAGGGUACCGAUCAAGAUGCUGCGGGGAGCAGGGGGGACCUACGUGCGCACGUCGGCCAUCGACCUUCUCGUCGCUAAAUUCCUCGUCACCUACCCCUCUGCGCCAAAGCAGAUCAUCUCGCUCGGUGCUGGCACCGACACGCGCUUCUUCCGCCUCCUCGACCAGUAUCCCGAGACACGACUCAUAUAUCACGAGAUCGACUUCCCUACAAAUACCUCUGCGAAGAUAGCCGCCAUACAACGGCAGCCAUUGCUCCAUCGGAAGCUGCUGCAAACGCCCUCGGACUCGGCCUCAUACCACUCAGACGAUUAUAAUGUUCAUGCGCUCGAUCUACGCUGUUUGGCCGACCCUUCGGACAAGGCGCCUCUACCUCAGAUACCGAACCUAGACUCAAACGUACCGACCUUGAUCCUGUCCGAAAUGUGUCUGGUCUAUCUACAGCCUUCGACAGUGCAGUCGGUAGUCUCAUCGCUAUUGACACACUAUCUGCGACCGACAACGCCUGCGUCCCUUAUACUCUACGAACCGAUCCUACCGCAAGAUGCUUUUGGCCAGACCAUGAUUGCGAAUCUCCGGACGCGCAACAUCCAUCUCCACACACUGACUGCGUAUCCCGGACUCGACGACCAGCGCGCACGCCUCCAGAGUUACGGGCUGGGGGCUGGGGCGAAGGCAGCCGACACACACACGAUUUGGCAAAGAUGGAUCAGUGAUGGGGAAAAGGAGCGCAUUGCUGGUCUCGAGUUUCUCGACGAGCUAGAAGAGCUUGAUAUGUUGCUUAAGCAUUACUGCGUCGCAUGGGGCUGGAGAGACGGAGAAGGCGAUGACAAAGCCGCUACCAUGGCUGUGCGCAACACAACGCAACCAUCAUUCAACUUCCUCACCGGCGAAGAGGAACCCGCGCCUGCGCCAGCACCUGCGAAAAGAGAACCUCUGCGCGAAACAUCUCGGACCACAUUGCGAGCCUCGCAGAAUGCGCCGCACACGGUUGUGCCCUCGGAUCCUAUCAAUGAAGACCUCCGCGCGCAGCUUAACACGCUGCGGUAUGAGCUCGAAACAGCCAAACAAGAAAAGGAGAUGAUGAAAUUGGAGCAUGCGCAAGAACUCCGGGAUGCCCAGAACCGCGCCGAUACCGAUUUCCGCAAAGCUCAGCAAGUCGAGGCUUCGAGUAGUAAUAUCGCGAAGAAAUAUGAGUCCUUGUCAAGGGAGAUGUCUGAGCUGCAGACACGGACUGCCAAUGAGCGACUCGCGUUAGAGAGGCGGCUACGGGAGAGCCAGGAAAAGGCGCAAUCGAUACAGGAAGAGUACGAUGAGGUCAAGGAGGAGUUGUCAACAUCGCAACGGCAGAAUGAACACAGAUACAACACCCUGCAGACGGAGCACCGGAAACUCAAGGAGAGCAUGGAGGAGAUGCAAGCAGAUCUACAGGCUAAAGUCAAUGCGCUGCAGGCUACACAGCGGGCGCUUGCAGAAAAGGAGGAAGAGGCUGGACAAAAGGAGGCUGAAGUGUUGCGUCUCAAGGCCAUCACAGGGGAUGCAGAGACGCUUGCGGUGAUUAAGAGGGAGCUGUCUGACCAGGUGGCACAUAUCAAGAAGCUGGAGACUUUGACCCGGGAGCAGAAUGCCGAGCUCAAGCAAUACCGGAAACAACACAAGGCCAUCGAGGUUGUGGAAGAGGAGAAGAGGUCGCUGCAGACUAAGCUGCGCAUGAUGGACGAUCUGCAACGGCAGCUUGGUGAGGCAGAGCUGCGGAGACAGGUUCUUGAGGAAGAGCGAGACUCUUGGACAUCGUACCUGGAAGCUGAAGCCGAAACCCACGGACAGGUAAUGUUCGAAACACCUCAAGACCUCGCGCGGGCUUUCAUCCAAGAGCGUAUAGAAAGGACCGAUCUUCUCAACAGGUUGGGUGAGAUCAAACCAGAACUCACAGUCAAAGAGGCGACCAUACAAGCGCUCGAGGAAGAGAAGGUCCAGCUGCAGGCAGAGAUCCAGCAGCUCAAGACUGUGGGAAGCACGAGUGCAGCUAACAGCGCUGAUGCAAAGGCACGAGCGCGUCUAGAGCGGCAGAAGACGCUGGCAACUAAAGAGGUCGAGUUCCUACGCGCCCAAGUCAAGGCCUUUGAUGACGAAGAACGCGAGAUGCAGCCUGACAUGUACGAUGCAGCAAAGUCCGAGCGGAUCAAAGAGCUCGAGGACCUCGUAGAUCAAUACCGCAAAGAAGUCGAUACUUUGCAAAAGGAGUUCAACGGUCUUGAAAAGCCUACUACCGCCGUAGCAGGACAGAAGCGGCCCCUCGAGACCGACGAGAACGAAGAACGUGUAGGCGAGCUACGACGCAAGAACCGACAGCUCCAAGACGACCUCCACGCACUCCAAAAGAAGAUGAAGCUCGUCGAAUCCGAGUACACAGCCCAGCACUCGCAGCUCAAGAAGCUCAAAGAAUCCUCUCGCACACGAGUCCUAGAGCUGAAAUCCAACCCCACGGCCGACGCCGAAGCCCUCAAACUCAGCACCGUCCGCACCCUGCGCGAAGCAAAUGCCCAGCUCCUCGACCAACUCGAAAACGGCAAGCAAGCACCCUCCAGCGUGCCUCUAGCUACGCUCGAUGCCGCGCGCGACGAGCUCGAAGAACUCAAAGCCCAACUCGCCUCGUCGUCCAAGAAAAUCGUGCGCCUCAAGCAAAUCUGGACAGCCAAAUCCCUCGAGUUCCGCGAGGCCGUCGCCUCGAUUCUCGGCUGGAAACUCGACUUUAUGCCCAACGGCCGCGUAAAAGUCACCAGCAUGUUCAAGCCCGCCGACGACGACGCCGAAAACAGCAUCGUGUUUGAUGGCGAAAACGGAACCAUGAAAGUCAGCGGCGGCGAGCACAGCCUGUUUGCCAAUGAGAUUCGCGAUCAGAUUGUGUAUUGGGUCGAGGGUCGCAAGGAGAUUCCGUGUUUCUUGAGUGCGCUCACGUUGGAGUUUUGGGAGCGUGGGCCCGGUGGGCAGACGAUGCAUGGGUGAGUUGAGAGUUGUGAGUUUUUGUAUAUUCUGAUGCGCAUCCUGGGUGUUGCCCAGCGAGUUGGGGUUUUUUGGACUUUUGUGCUAGUGUAAU